UUAGUUUUUGUCUUUUUGAAAAAAUCGAAAACCUAUCACCGAAUUGCAAUCCCAUCUUUUUGAAAAAAAUCCAAAAACCCUAAUUCUAUUUGAAAGCCCCAAUUCAGAAGCUCAUAUCACCGAAUUGCAAUCCCAUCUUCUGAUUCCGAUUGAAAAAAUGGAUACUAUGUUAUUAUGCAUAAUCUGAUGGGGUCUUUUGCUGAGGGAGCUGCGCCGGAAGCUGAAUGUGUUUCAUUUAUGAAGCUCGCUGUGGAGCAGGCAAAGCUAGCAUUGGACAGCCUUGAAGUGCCAGUGGGUUGCGUAAUCGUAGAGGAUCAGAAUGUCAUUUCUGUGGGGAGAAAUCGAACAACUGAGACUAGAAAUGCUACUCGUCAUGCUGAGAUGGAAGCAAUUGAUGUUCUUCUUGAUCAGUGGAAGAAAAAGGGAAUUUCGAAGGAAGAAAUCGCGUCAAGAUUUUCCAAGUGCACACUGUAUGUGACAUGUGAGCCAUGCAUAAUGUGUGCAGGAGCCUUGUCGAUAAUUGGAUUGAAGGAAGUAUAUUAUGGCUGUGCAAAUGAUAAGUUCGGAGGUUGUGGUUCGAUAUUGUCCUUGCAUACAAGUAAUUCUGGGAAACUUCCUAGUGGUGGAAUAUCAGAAAGAAAGGGAUUCAAGUGCACUGGAGGAAUAAUGGCAGCAGAAGCCAUUGAUCUUCUAAAAAGCUUCUAUGAGCAAGGAAAUCCAAACGCACCAAAACCGCACAGAACAGUCGUCCCGCGGGUGUAGUUCCAGUCUUUAUCAAGUUCGGUUUGACUGCCAUGUAAAGAGACAUUGUUCCUGCUAUCUCUAGUCGACUAGUUGAGCACAAAUCGGAGAAUCUCGAUGCCUUCUUCUGAUUGCUCAGCCAGCUUGCAGAUUCUACAAUGCUGAUGGAGCAAGCUGACUAAGAACAUUAAUGCCAGCCACAUUUAAUUAUGAUGAAUAUGUAGCAUUCAGUUUUGGGAUUUUAAUUGGGAAUCAAAUUUAUCAGACUCCAUCAGUGCUGUGCUGUUCUGAUUCAAGUUUUGUUCUACAAAUUCUAAAUGCUUCUUGUAUGGAUCUCCAAUCAGCAACAAAUUCCAUUGUAACACCUGUAAGCUUUAAUUCUUUUUUGCUAUUAUAUUUACAUAUUCUGCCAAUUUGUUUGAUAUUUUCA